AUGAACUUUGACAAGGUCCUGGACCGGAUUGGUGGGUUUGGACGUUUUCAGAAGACUCUUUAUGUUUGGAUCUGUCUGCCACAGAUCUUUUUGGCCUUCCACAUGUUGGUGUCUGUCUUCACUGGGGCCGUGCCCCCUCACCUGUGCAGAUCUUCUUGGCCAGUGGGGGACAGUGCCGGUCCCAGGCUGAACCUGAGCUUCAGCAGUGCUCCAGGGGAGUCCUGCACACCUUCUCAGGACGGCUCUCUGCCCCAGCGUAACCACAGUCUGCCGAUUACCGAGCACUCGUCCACCGCGAAGGGCUGCACCGGAGGAUGGGAGUUCAGCAAGGAGGUCUUCCUCAGCACUAUCGCCACAGAGUGGGAUCUCGUGUGUGAAAACGCCACUAUGAACAACAUUGGCUCUUCUAUCUAUAUGUUUGGGCUGCUGGUUGGAGCGGUGCUGUUCGGAGCCCUUGCUGAUAAGUAUGGCCGCAGAAUAAUCAUACUGAUCGGUUUAGCAAUACAGGCCAUCUUCGGAGUGGGCGCCGCUUUUGCCCCAAAUUUCUACAUUUACGUCCUGCUACGCUUCGUGGUGGGCACGACUGUGUCGGCAGUGAUCAUGAAUGCAUUUGUGCUGGGCACUGAGUGGACGGGUCCUAAAAAGCGCAUGUUGGCAGGUGUCAUCACAGAUUACUUUUUUGGGUUCGGCUAUAUCCUGCUUGCAGGGGUGGCCUACCUCAUCCGAGACUGGCGUAAACUUCAGUUGGCCAUUUCUGCCCCCAGCUUCCUCUUCCUGUUCUAUGUCUGGGUGCUUCCCAAGUCUGCCCGCUGGUUAAUGGCCAAUAACAAGCAUGAGGAGGCAUUGGAUCUGAUUCGCAAGGCAGCGCUUAUUAAUGGCAAGCCUCUGGAGGACGAUGACAUGGAGCUCUAUCAGAGUCCUAAAAGCUCAGAAAAACUUCAGGAGCAGAGGAAGUACACAGUCUUGGAUCUGGUCCGAACGCCUAGAAUGAGGAAACAGUCCCUCAUCCUCUUCUACCUGUGGUUUGUGAACGUCCUGGUCUAUUAUGGGCUGUCGCUCAACAUUUCAGACUUUGGUAUGAAUAUCUACCUGACGCAGAUGAUCUUUGGCUUGGUGGAGAUGCCGGCACGCACCAUUACUCUCUUCACUCUGAACCGCUCACGCAGGAUAUCCCAGCUAGCAUUCCUGGCGGUUGGCGGCCUGGCCUGCCUGCUUACCAUAUUCAUUCCAGAUGGUAGGUGAAAAACCAAACCUUUAUUAACUAGAGCACUGCGCUAUGCUAGACGUGAUGUCUCAUUUUGUGCCAUGUGCUUUUCAUUCGCUAAAACUAAAUUGUUCUUCUGAAGAUUUGAAUUGGCUGCAGACGUUAUGUCUUUAACGUUUCCUGAUUGAAGAUCAACAUGUUUUCAGAACGGUAACACUUUACAAUACGGCUGUAUUAGUUAAUGUUCAUUAAUGCGUUUACUAGCAUGAACAAACCACGUACAGUACAUUCAUUACAGUAUUAGUUCAUGUCAGCUAACGUUCGUUA